GUCAUAUGUCUGUCAAAUUAAUGUCAUAAAAACGUCAAUAAUACUACUGAAAACUGGAAAUCAAUCACUGUUCCAAGCAUAAAUUAAUGUUACAAUUGUGUUAUAUUAUUGGUUAUGUUUGGAAUGCAUUGCACUGUCUAUAACUUAAAUUCCCACUUGAACUUAUUUAAGUUUAGACUGAUUAAAACAUAGGAAUAACGAAUACUUACUAUAUUUAGUUCUAACAAAUUAAUAAUUUAAAUUUAGCUUUUGGGUUGUGGUGCGUUUAAAUAUUGACCCAACCGUUGGGAAACGAUGGAAGUGACUCGGAAAAAUUUUAAUGAAGUGCUGCCACUUGUUAAAGAUUCAAUACAGAGAUCAGACUUUUUGGCAAUAGAUACGGAGUUUACAGGUCUUAUGAACAGUAGAGAAUUAUCUGUAUUUGAUACACCCUCUGAAUAUUAUACUAAGGUUGUAAAUAGUUCGUCAGAUUUUUUACUUAUUCAGUUUGGUUUAUGUGCCUUCUGUUUUGAUAAAGUGAACAACCACUAUGUGAAUGAGGCUUAUAAUUUUUACCUGUUCCCUCGUGGAAGCCCUGGACCAGAGAAAAUGUUCCUUUGCCAGAGUUCCAGCCUUGACUUUUUGGCUGCACAAGGUUUCGACUUCAAUAAAUUAAUCAGAGAUGGUAUUUCAUACAUGACGGGUCCAACUGAGAGCAAGCUGAGAGAGGCACUUGCAGAGAAACAAAAAAAUUACACAGUAGUUAAAAAUAUAAUACCUAUUCCUGAAGAACAUAAGCAGUACAUCAAAGAUGUAUGUGAAAGUGUGAAACAGUUUGUAAAUAAAGGUGUUGAAAGUGAGAUGGUGAUAGACAAAUGCAAUCUGUUUAUCAGAAGACUGUUAUACCAGGAGUUGGGUCAAAAGUUUAAAGACAAGGUGUUUCUUGACUCCAGAACAUUAGAAAAUAAAGACAGAGUUCUGGUUGUUACGCGAUUGACGUCUGAUACUCACAAUGCAGCUAAAAUUCAAGAAAAAUCAAAGAAAGAAUGGGAAGAGUUUGAAAAUGCUGUAGGUUUUUCUAAAGUGGCCCAACUGAUCAGCGAGUCAAGAAAGCUUAUAGUGGGACACAAUAUGAUACUAGAUAUUCUGCACACACUAAACCACUUCUUUCAACCACUGCCAGAAGACUACACUUCUUUUAAGGAGUUUGCACAUUGCAUGUUGCCCAGAUUAUUAGACACAAAGUACAUGUCAAGCAUGCCCCCUUUCAAAGAAGAGGUGAAUUCCAAUGUUUUGCAGCAUCUGUAUGCAACAUUAUCGAAGUCGCCAUUUUCCUUGCCAAAAGUCGAGGCGUCGUCGGGGCGGGGCUACAGCCGCACGGAUGAUAAACAGCACGAGGCCGGGUACGACGCGUACGUGACCGGCGUGUGCUUCCUGGCGAUGCACGCGCACGUGGCCGCCAUGCGUGGCGAGAGCGGCGCCCGCGUCUCCGCUGAAGACUCCCCGAUCCUGCGGCCCUUCCUCGACAAGUUGUACCUAUCGAAGACUGCGUACCAAGAUAUACCCUAUAUGAAUUUGAACGGCGAUGACCCGAAUCCGCCGAGGGACCACGUGUUUUACUUCACAUUCCCUAAAGAAUGGCAACGUAAUGAAAUUAAUCAACUCUUCAGUCCAUAUGGUGCGGUGACAGUACAGUUCGUGAGCGAAACGACGGCGCUGGUGGCAUUAUUGAACCGCAAGAAGGCGAAAGAUGUGAUGAAAGUACUCACUAAACAUAGUCGCAUUAAAAUCCUGCCGUUCGACCUAUAUAAGGUAACAAGUAAGAUGACAGAGGAACAGCAGCGUUUGCAGUUAACAGCGAAGAAGACUACGGCUAUAAACAAACCUGAGCCAUUACAGCCAGUACAGCAAGAAUUGAAAGUGAAAGAAGAACAGGUAAAGAACAGCGUGAGUAUUCGACACAAGAAGAAUUCGACAUCAGAGCCAGAGGAAACCGAGCCAGUGAUAAAAAAGAGCCGACUGAAGAUUACAAUAAAGACAGACAACAAAGAAAAGAAGGAAGAAGUACCGAAUUGCGAGGUUGGUCAAGCUGAAGAACCAUCGCCAAAAAAGAGGUUGAGAAGUACAAGUUUAAACGAAAAGAAAGAAAAAUCGCCGAGUCAGGCUACAAAUGAGACAGAAGAGAAGGAAGAAGAAAGAAAAAACGUCACGUGGCCGAGCGAUAGCGACCGCGCCAACGGCGACGCGGCCGCACCCGCACAAUGCGUCGCUGUCUUCAAGGAGAGCGAUAGUUGGGCGUAAACAAUAAAU